AUGGCGUCCACGCAAGAGGUUCCUCUGGUUCCCUUCAGCAGCCUGCCCCCCAUUCACGAUGAAGAAAUAGCUAUUCAUGAUGGCAGUGAGACCUCGUACCUCAGCGAUCCCAAGGAAGCGCGCCGACGUGCUCUGGCUGAGAUUGAUAAUGCCAAAUUCGGAUGGCACCAUGUUCGCGCUGUGGUUGUAGCCGGCGUGGGCUUCUUUACUGACUCCUAUGACAUCUUCGCCAUCAAUCUUUGUGUCAGCAUGCUUGGCGUUGUUUACUGGCAGACGGCCAAAUCGAACCCCGGCAAGAUCCCCUCAAGCUCUGACACCGCCAUCAAAGUUGCAACCUCCGGUGGUACUGUCAUUGGUCAGCUCUUCUUCGGCUGGCUUGCUGACCGCAUUGGUCGUAAGCGUAUGUACGGCUUCGAGCUCAUGAUCAUCAUCCUUGCUACCCUGGCUCAGGCUCUCUCGUCUAAUUCCCGCGCUAUCUCCAUCACUGGUUUGUUGAUUUUCUGGCGUGUCAUCAUGGGAAUUGGUAUUGGCGGAGACUAUCCGCUCUCUUCUAUCAUCACUUCUGAGUUUGCUACUACCAAGUGGCGCGGUGCGAUGAUGGGAGCUGUCUUUGCAAUGCAAGGCAUCGGACAGUUUGCUGCCGCGAUUAUCGCCCUUAUUGUCACCGCUGCCUUCAAAGCGUCACUUGAAACUGCAAAAGAUGUAGCCCACUGCACGGGAGUUUGUCAACUCGCCGUUGACAAAAUGUGGCGCACUGUCAUCGGAAUGGGUGCUGUGCCUGCGUGCGCGGCUCUCUACUUUCGACUCACCAUUCCUGAAACGCCUCGUUACACCUUCGAUGUUGACCGUGACAUUCUCAAGGGUGACUCUGAUAUCCGUGCUUAUAUGAAGGGAGAGAGCGAGGGCCACCCCGAUGAAAUUCGCCGCAUCGCUGUUCUUCGCAACAAAAACACCGAGACCAUGGUUCCCAAGGCGACCUUCGCCGAUUGGUACCAUCACUUCGGAAAUUGGAAAAAUGGAAAGGUUCUUCUCGGCACAGCUGGAUCGUGGUUUUUUCUCGACGUUGCUUUCUACGGACUUGGCCUGAACAACUCUGUUAUUCUGGGCGCUAUCGGAUGGACAGGUGGACAUGAUGUCUACCAGAUCUUUUACCGCAAUGCUGUCGGUAACCUGAUUCUCAUCUGUGCCGGUGCUAUUCCGGGCUACUGGGUGACUGUUGCCACCGUUGACACGAUCGGCCGCAAGCCAAUCCAGCUGUUUGGAUUCAUUAUGCUUACCAUCCUGUUUAUCAUCAUCGGUUUUACCUAUCACCCUCUGAAAAAGUCCCACAAUGGUCUUCUGGCGCUCUACGUGCUUGCGCAAUUCUUCUUCAACUUCGGCCCCAACGCGACCACCUUCAUUGUCCCUGGAGAAUGUUUCCCUACUCGGUACCGUUCGACCUCCCACGGCAUCAGUGCUGCGACUGGUAAGAUUGGUGCAAUCAUCGCACAGUGUGUCUUUGGCCCCCUAGUCAACAAAGGCGCUCCCAAGGGAACUUCCAACAGCCCUUGGCUAAACCACGUCAUGCAGAUCUUCGCACUCUUCAUGCUUUGUGGCGUCUUCAUGACUCUACUUAUCCCUGAGACCAAGCGCCGCACUCUAGAGAGCCUUUCCGGGGAGGAACCUGAAGAUGACUGUGUUACCCACCAUCAACCAUCCGAGGAGUCUAGCCGUAAGAGGCCUGACAUGACUGCUGUUGCUGGCGUCACUUCCCGGGGAGAUUAG